AUGUUGCAGUGUGUACCUGGUAAACCAUUUGUUAUCAUGACUUUGCGUGGUCGUAACGAGUCACUUCCAUCCGUGAUGCUCUAUUCACACACCGAUGUUGUUCCCGCUCCUUUCAGUGAGGAGUGCUGGAAAUUUGCUCCUUUCGAGGCAGUGAAAGAUGUUGACGGGAAAAUCUAUGGCCGUGGUACGCAGGAUAUGAAAUCUAUUGGGAUCCAGUACGUUGAGGCACUUCGGCGGUUACUCGGUAGAGGCCAGCAAAAGUUUCUGCGGACGGUGCACAUCGUCUGGGGCCCAGGUCAUUUCUUUUUUUCGGCUCUUACACUGCUUACCACAGCCCUCUUUUUCUUCAAUAAAUUAUUUUUAGAAGAAGAAGUGGGUGGUGCAGAUGGUAUGGAAAAAUUUGCAGACGAUCCCAAAUUUGCGAAGCUGAAUGUUGGAUUUGUUCUUGAUGAGGGCCUUCCUACUGAAAACGACACUUUCAAAGUGUAUUUCGCCGAUAAGUGUCCAUGGUGGGUUGUAGUCUGCUGCCGAGGACAAGCGGGGCAUGGCUCGCAGUUUUUGGAGAACACCGCUGGAGAAAAGCUGCAGAGAGUGAUCAACAGCUUUAUGGGCUUCAGGGAGGAGCAGAAGAAAUUGCUCGAAAGCAAUAAAUGCCUCAAAGCGUGCGACGUUGUCACUGUCAAUUUAACAAAAAUUGAGCUAGCUGAAGUGAUGCGUCGCAAUUCCAGGGCGGUGUUCAGGCAAAUGUGA